GCAGCACUGCCUUACGGAGGCCACCUAAAUUUCAGACUGUGACUUGGAGCUUUCCCCCUAAGCCUCAGAUACUUAUUGCUUGGAACAGAAUAAAAGAACAGGAUCAAGAUGCGUGAGUGUAUUUCCAUUCAUGUGGGUCAGGCGGGUGUUCAGAUGGGCAACACUUGCUGGGAGCUGUACUGUCUGGAACACGGUAUUCAGCCUGAUGGGCAAAUGCCUAGUCGCACUCCUGUGGGUGGCCAUGAUGACUCCUUCACCACCUUCUUCAGUGAGACAGGUUCUGGGAAAUACGUGCCACGGGCUGUGUUUGUAGACCUGGAGCCAUCAGUCAUUGAUGAAGUUCGCACAGGCUUAUAUCGCCAACUCUUCCACCCUGAACAGCUAAUCUCAGGUAAAGAGGAUGCUGCGAAUAACUAUGCCCGUGGGCACUACACCAUUGGAAAGGAGAUCAUCGAUUCAGUCUUGGACCGUGUUCGCAAACUGACUGAUCAGUGUACUGGUCUACAAGGCUUCCUGGUGUUCCACAGUUUUGGUGGAGGAACUGGCUCUGGCUUUACUUCUCUCUUAAUGGAGCGCCUCUCCGUUGACUACGGCAAGAAGUCCAAGCUUGAGUUUGCCAUCUAUCCAGCUCCUCAGGUAUCCACCGCCGUGGUGGAGCCUUACAACUCCAUCCUGACCACCCACACCACCCUGGAGCACUCAGACUGUGCCUUCAUGGUGGACAAUGAAGCCAUCUAUGACAUCUGUCGUAGGAAUCUGGACAUUGAGCGCCCAUCCUACACCAAUCUUAACAGGCUCAUCAGCCAGAUAGUCUCCUCCAUCACUGCCUCUCUCAGAUUUGAUGGAGCUCUGAAUGUGGAUCUGACAGAGUUUCAGACCAACCUGGUUCCCUACCCUCGCAUCCACUUCCCUCUGGCCACCUAUGCUCCUGUGAUCUCUGCUGAGAAGGCCUACCAUGAACAGAUAUCCGUUGCUGACAUCACCAACGCCUGUUUCGAGCCCUGCAACCAGAUGGUGAAGUGUGACCCUCGUCAUGGUAAAUACAUGGCCUGCUGCCUCCUGUAUCGUGGAGAUGUGGUACCUAAAGAUGUCAAUGUAGCAAUUGCUGCAAUCAAGACCAAAAGAAGCAUCCAGUUUGUGGACUGGUGUCCCACUGGUUUCAAGGUGGGCAUCAACUACCAGCCCCCCACUGUGGUUCCUGGAGGAGACCUGGCUAAGGUGCAGAGAGCAGUGUGCAUGCUGAGCAACACCACAGCCAUUGCUGAGGCCUGGGCUCGUCUGGACCACAAGUUUGACCUGAUGUACGCCAAAAGAGCCUUUGUGCACUGGUAUGUGGGAGAGGGCAUGGAGGAGGGAGAGUUCUCCGAGGCCAGAGAGGACAUGGCAGCUCUGGAGAAAGAUUAUGAAGAAGUGGGAAUUGACUCUUUUGAGGAAGAUGAGGAGUUUGAAGAGUAUUAACUGAUAAAUAGGCCUGUUUCAUGUAUCAAGAGACACUGAUUGAGAUUAUUCUUUGAUGAGCAUGUAUCUUUUUUAAUUUUCUGAAAUAUUGAUUAAAAUUGGAAAUAUUAA